AUGUAUAACCAUGGAGAUGCUACUCUCUCUCAAUUCCCUCUCUCUGCAGCAUCAAAUUUUCACCAAUCUGCGUCCACUCAAUUCACCAAUUACUCGGCAGUACAAGAAUCGGGGCUGAAGGAUCAGUUGAUGCAUCAAGAGCUUAAUGGUUUUGAUCAAAACAACAACUUUCAACAUCUUUGUGUUUCAAACACACAAGAUAACUCGACGUCUGGGUUAACGAAUCAGUUGAAGCAGAAGGAGCUUUAUGGUUAUGAUCAGAACAUCUGUUCGAGUAACAUAAACAGUAACAACUUUCAACAUCCUUGCAUCUCAAACACACAAGACUACUCAGAGUUACAAGAAUCUGUGAAUAACUAUGAGUUAAAUCAGUUGAUGCAGCAUGAGCUUUAUGGUUAUGAUGAUCAGAACAUGUUUAUGAGUGAUAGUACCACCAGCAACUCUCAACAUCCAUAUCAGUUAUGUUCUGAUUUUCAGGACCCUUACAGUUAUAUGGUCAGUAACACUAGCUUGCCACAAGAUAUGUCUACAAGCUGUGGUGUUCAAUUUGGUGAGAGCAGUCUACUUCAGAAAUCUACUCUACCAUCAUCUCUCUACACCACUCCUAACAGUUAUUUUCAUUCCGACAACUCGAGAUUUCAAUAA